ACUGUAUGACUUUGUAUUUGAAAUACAAAUAUUUGAAUUUGUUGUUGGUUUUAGUCGUCUAUUGUUUAGGAGACGCUUUCUACAUCCAUUAUAUAUUACUUUUUUCAUGUUUUUUGUGAUUUUUUUUUUUUCUUCUUCUUCCACUUGAACUACAAGCCUUUUGUGUUUCCUCAACAUUUUUAGUUGCAACACAAAUCUCAUAGCUACACAAGAUAUCUAAUUAUAUUUCUGUCCAAAAAAAAAUUUAUAUAUAAUCAUAUUCAUUUUCCAAAUCCAAUUAAGCCCUCAAUUAUAAGUGAAACCUUGAAUGCCACAAACGUUUUUAGUUUUAUUUUUAUUCUUGUCCUAAUAGUUUAGGGCACUUUGGAAAGUUUGUACAAUUGUGAGAAAAAUUGGACUUUAGGCUUCCUUUGUUGGACUUCAUUUAGUUUCGCCUAUGUCUAAGUUGCUAGUUAUUUCUUGUUUGGUCUUCUCUUUGGAGUUGGGGUCUUGCUUCUUUUUCUUUUUUUGCUUUCAACAUUUUUUUUUUCAUCAUUUAUUUACAAAUUAAAACUGAAAAAUUAGAAACUGUAAACUGAAAUGGUUGUAAACUCGCCUAAACUAAACAAGACCAACCACUUGUAUUUAUUUUUAGGGUAUACUAGUGAUUUGCCCCUUGAAAUUGUACCUAACUUUCAAUUAACCCCCUAUUCUUUUUUAUUAUAUAGAAAAUUAAGGAUAUGAACUUCUUUUUUUUGCCACUUUCCCCCGACCGUCUAAAUUCUCAUUAUUUCAUCUAAUUUUUAGUUAAAUGAUUUGUUUGGGAAAAAAAAACUUUUUGAAGAAAAAGAAGAAAAUUGACCACACACACACACAAAAAAAAAAAAAAAACAAAAAAACAAAAAAAAAAAACUGAACUGGCAUUCCUAUCGCCUCCCUCCCCCAGCUCUAUCUCCUCCAGCACAUCAACCCCAUCACAACACAGCUAAAAACCCUAAAACCCAGCCAAAAAAAAAAAAAUUCCCCAAAUUGAAUGAGUCUUUGUUUGAGAAAGGCAUGGAAGUACUGAUAUGGACGAGGAGGAGAUUCAAGCCCAAGCAUGUAAGUUCCCAAGAAUUGGAAACGGCAGCAGCAGUGCCACUAACCCAGCUGCCGACGACGAAGAUCAAGACCCAUCGUGUCUAGCCCUCAAGAGGGCUGACAACCGCUUCCGCGAGUGGCACUACUCCUGCAUCAUCCACGUCUCGAGGGCCUCCGGCUACAAAGAUCGGCACAACAAGGUGUGGACUUCAAAGGGGCUCAGAGACCGAUCCCCCAGCCCCAUCCCCAUGCGAGAUUCACCCCUAGAUCGCCGCCUAACGCCAUCAUACAUACAACCACCCCAUCCCCACCCGAAACGGAUGCUAGUUUGGGUCUGAAGGUGGGUGAGAGAAGGUUGUGCAAUCUAAGAGAGAGUUCCAUUCUUGAUAGUUUUUGUUUGCAGAGAGAGAGAGAGAGAGAGAGAGAGAGAUGGCAAUGAAGAAAACUUCAGAUGAAAGGAAGGCGUUGAAGUACUUGAAGCCAGAUGGGGAAGAAGACCUCCUCUGCCUAAAAACAGAGCACAACCCAAAGGAGCCCAUGAAGCUGACUUUGAGCCCAUCUCAAGAUCAAACCAAGGCUGAGCCAUGGUUGUUCAAACCAAAACCUGGCAGUGUCUUCCCUAUGAAGAAGAGUGAAGAAAUCAUGAAACGGAAGGCAGAGCAAGAAUUAGAAGAAAGAGGGAAAAAGCAGAGGAUGUGGUGGGGUGAUGGAAAUCAGUGGGAGAGAGGGGAGAUGAUCGGAGAAGGAAGCUAUGGGUCUGUUUUUCUUGCUUUUUGGAAAAAACCCCUUUGGGAGCUUAAUCUAAAUGAUACACCUCCAGCUCCAGUCAUGGCAGUCAAAUCUGCUAAGCUCUCUGAUUCAGAAUCCAUUCAGCAUGAGGCAGGCAUUCUCUCUGAUUUUAUAGGGUCCCCUUUUGUAAUUCAGUACUUGGGUGAAGAAAUGACAACCAUUGAUGACACAGGUGAAGAAAUAUUCAACUUGGCUUUGGAAUUUGCUGCUGGAGGAACCCUUGAUGGUCUGAUUCAGAGCUAUAGAGGUCAUGGGCUGCCUGAGUCUGAUGUGAGGAGCUACACAAGGUGCAUACUUGAAGGGCUUAUACAUAUUCACAAUUGUGAUUAUGUUCACUGUGAUUUGAAGCCGGAGAACAUCCUUCUUGUUCCUAGUGAUACUAGCACCAGUGGUAGUUCUAGUUUUGUGGCCAAGAUUGCUGAUUUCGGAUUGACUAAGAGCACCAAAGAUGAUAUGGAUGGAUGGAGAGGCACUCCUAGGUAUACAGACCCAGAUGCUUUGAUUGAUAAUGUGCAGAAGCAGUGUUCUGAUAUUUGGUCUCUUGGUGCUAUUGUGCUUGAGAUGUUAACAGGCAAGCCCCCCUGGGAUGUGGAGCCUGAUUCGACACUUGAUGAUUUCCUGGACAUGGUUGCUGGGGAAAUAACUCCCAAAAUCCCUACUGAAAUCUCUGGUUUGGCAAGGGAUUUUCUUAUGAAGUGUAUUGCAGUCAACUCAUGGGAAAGGUUUACCGCUCAAAAGCUCCUACUUCAUCCAUUUGUACAGGAGCCACAACUAUCUGAACCAAGUCAUGCCAAGGUGAAGGUGCUUAGCUCAUCUUUGGGCUCUGAAGAUGGUGCCUCUUGCUUGAAACCAAUUGAAGAUUACCGCACAAACUCUGCCCCUGUUCCCAGAAUUCAGCCCUCACCGGGUUUUGAGAUACCAGCUGGACUAUAGAAGUUGAGGUUCUAUUUCAUGAUACAAACCUUAUGAUUCUUUAUUCUAGUAUUUUUUUUAUUUGUAAAGUCGAUCACUUGAAAUUAUUCAUUUCAAGGUCAUAACCACGAAAUUGUACAAAAUGAUUCAAACAUAUAUACGAGUUGUUCUUUACUU